AUGCCUGAGUCGUAUAUAAUAAGCUGCGUGCAGAAUCCAUAUCACAGUGUUCCACAACAGCAGCUGGGUCGGCAACAGGAACCAAAAAUGGCCAUCUUCUUCGAUUCUUGGGUGACUGAAAUGUUGGCUCUACUUUCAACAAUUAUCGCGAUACUGUACGUCACAUUUAAAAUCAAUUACACCUACUGGAAGAGGAAGGGUCUGUCAUACUUGGAGCCGUCUUUCCCAUUGGGAAACGGCUGGAACACAGCGCUAAUGAGGAAAUGUCCGGGUGAAGAUACGAAAGACGUUUAUUUUGAAACAGAAGGCAAGGACGUCGUGGGUAUUGACUCAUUAAACAACCCUCUUCUCGUUGUGCGGGAUCCAGAGCUGAUCAAAACGAUCAUAGUGAAGGAUUUCAACUACUUUCCCGACCGGGGCAUCUAUGUAGACGAGGAGACAGAUCACCUGACGGCGUACCUCUUCUUUCUCGGAGGAACCAAGUGGCGGUCUCUGCGCCAAAAGCUGACGCCCACGGUCACGUCGGGAAAAAUGCGCGCCAUGUUCGGCAUAGUGCGCGACUGUGCGCGGAUUCUGACUGACGUCACACCUGCUGGUAGCGUUGUGGAAGUCCGCGAGCUCAUUGUCCGCUACUCCACUGACGCCAUCGCUUUCUGCUGCGCCUUCGGCAUCGACGUUGACAGCCAGCACAACCCCGAGGCGGAGUUCCGUCAGUGGGGUGGGCGCAUAUUUAAGCCAUCUAUCCGUUCUUUCCUGACUCAGGCUCUGGGAUUCUCUAAUCCCAAACUGCGCAACCUGCUGCCAAUAGCCUUCACACCAAAGGACAUCACAGAGUACUUUACACGCGUCGUUGAUGACACAAUCAAACAUCGAGAGAAGACUGGCGUUAUUAGGAAGGACUUCAUGCAGUUGAUGAUUCAGCUGAAGAACAAUUGA